AUGGAAGCUGCCAGGGAGAUCUUUGAACAGAUGCCAAUGAGGAACUGCUUUGUGUGGUCAUCUAUGAUUUGUGGUUAUUGCAAGAAGGGCAAUGUCGAGGAGGCUAAGGAUUUUGGCAGAUUGAAGGAAUCAAAUAUAAAGCCUGAUUCAAUAACCUGUCUCAUUGUGCUCUCUGCUUGUGCUCAUGGUGGUUUGAUAAAUGAGGCUUUGGAAAUAACAACUAAAAUGGAAAGAUAUGGAAUUGAAAUAGGAAUCAGAUAUUAUGGAUGCAUGGUUGAUCUAUUGGGAAGAGCAGGGAGGUUAAAGAAGGUAAAGAGAAUGCCAAUGAAAUCGAAUGAAGCUGUUUUUGGGGCACUGGUUGGUGCAUGCCAGAUUCAUUCAGACGUGCAAAUUGCAGAACAAGUAAUGAAGUUAAUUGGUGCAAGCACUGUUUCAAGUUCUGAUUCUCUCAAUGUACUUCUGUUCAAUACCUAUGCAGCUUCUGAAAAAUGGGAGAAAUGUGAACAGAUGAGGAGGAUUAGAGUACAUACCUGA